AUUGUUUAAAUAUACAUGUAUUUUUAACCGCAUCGUCAGGUUAAAUACAUUUUUAACGCAUUAAAAAUUAAAAAAGAAACGAAUUGGUUCAGUUAUCUUUAGUAAUGUUUCCACUUAGUCGGCCGCACGUGUGCGAGUAAAAUUUUACUGAUUUCAGAACGUUUUGAAGCGUGUGUGUUGUGCUCACGAGCUCCGUGGGUUAUGCCGGGUGAGACGCUUCUGAUUGAAUCAUCUAAUAUAUCUCUGUAUAUUAACAAUAGUGCUAAUAGUGCUAAAGAAUACAGUACAAAAAUAUAGUCAACACAUUUAAUGAAUGCAAAUGUGUACACCGGAUGUGCACGUAAACGAAAUAUAACAUAAUUUGAGGUUAGGUUACGUUGUGCUCCCUCUACUGAGAAGUAAAUUAAUAUCGAAAUGGACGCGGAUUUGUACGACGAGUUUGGAAAUUACAUUGGCCCUGAUCUGGCGUCGGAGAGCGAGGAUGAGAACGAAUACGGCAAUGUCGGCGACGACGCCGAGGAUAGAGAACGAUCCGACGAAGAGAUGGAAGAAGACAAGGAUGAGUCGCGGGAACAAGUGGAGCAAGGAUCUUCUAUGGCGGUUGUAUUGCACGAAGAUAAGCGAUAUUAUCCCAGUGCGUUAGAGGUGUAUGGACCUGAGGUAGAAACGCUUGUGCAAGAAGAAGAUGCCCAACCAUUAGAUAAACCACUAAUAGCACCUACUAGGAAAGCAAAGUUUCAAAUAAAACAGCAACAGCUGCCUGAAACCACAUAUAGCAUUGAGUUUUUGGCUGAUAUGAUGGACGCACCACAUCUUAUUAGAAAUGUAGUUUUGCUAGGACAUCUUCACCAUGGGAAAACUACCUUGGUCGAUUGUUUGGUACAACAAACGCAUCCUUAUUUGCACUGCAUAACGGACGAGAAACCAUUGAGAUAUACGGACACAUUGUUUACCGAGCAACAAAGAGGGGUCUCUACGAAAGCCACUCCUGUCACUCUCUUGCUACAAGAUGUUAAAUCUAAAUCGUAUCUCAUAAAUAUAUUUGAUACACCGGGCCACGUGAAUUUCUCUGACGAAGCGACAGCUGCGAUCCGACUGUCGGAUGGCGCAGUCUUGAUCGUUGACGCGGCGGAGGGUGUGAUGCUCAACACCGAGCGUCUGCUGAAGCACGCGAUUCAGGAAAAGCUCGCUUUGACAGUUUGUAUAAACAAGAUAGACCGUUUGGUACUGGAGUUGAAACUACCACCCUUGGAUGCUUAUUACAAACUGCGGCACAUCAUCGAAGAGAUCAACGGGCUAAUAUCUUUGCACUCUUCGGAUACCGACAAUCCUGGCUUCGUUUCGCCCGCCGUAGGAAAUGUUUGUUUCGCUAGUUCUGAAUAUAGCGUGUGCUUUACUUUAAAAUCGUUUGCCGCGCUCUACGCCAGAAAUUAUCCUGGACUUAAUGCCACCGAGUUCGCCAAGCGACUCUGGGGUGAUAUUUAUUUCAACCCUAAAACGCGCAAGUUCACUAAAAAACCACCGCAUAAUACUGCGCAGCGAAGUUUUAUUGAAUUUAUUCUGGAACCUCUGUAUAAAAUAUUCGCGCAAGUUGUCGGCGAUGUAGACACAACGUUACCCGAUGUUCUGGACGAACUCGGUAUACGAUUAACAUCCGAGGAGAUGAAAAUGAAUAUACGACCGUUGCUAAGACUUGUCUGCACGAGAUUCUUGGGAGAUAUGUGCGGAUUAGUGGACAUGUGUGUCACUCAUGUACCAAGCCCGCAAGCACAUGCGCCUACUAAAGUACAGCACGUCUAUACCGGCCCGAUAGAUUCGCCUCUCGCGCAAGACAUGGUUAAUUGCGAUCCUGACGGGCGACUAAUGAUUCAUAGUACAAAGAUGUAUCCAACCGAGGAUUGUACCCUAUUCGUGGUGCUUGGCAGAGUAAUGUCCGGUACAUUGGAAGCAGGACAACGCGUUCGCGUGUUAGGUGAAGCGUAUUCACGCACAGAUGAGGAGGAUUCACGCGUUCUCACGGUGGGCAGGUUGUGGAUUAGCGAGGCGCGUUACUCGAUCGAAUUGAGUCGCGUGCCUGCAGGCAACUGGGUCCUCAUAGAGGGUAUCGAUCGGCCGAUCGUCAAGACUAGCACCAUCACCGAUCUUAACAACUCGGAAGAGCUGCACAUCUUUCGGCCACUCAAGUUUAAUACGCAGAGCGUUAUCAAAAUUGCCGUCGAACCAGUCAAUCCAUCCGAGUUGCCCAAGAUGCUGGACGGUUUACGAAAGGUAAACAAGAGCUAUCCGCUGUUGGGCACGCGAGUGGAGGAGAGCGGCGAGCAUGUUGUGCUCGGAACCGGCGAACUUUACCUCGACUGCGCAAUGCACGAUCUGCGUCGUAUGUAUUCCGAGAUCGACAUAAAGGUGGCCGAUCCGGUGGUCGCCUUUGCGGAAACUGUCGUGGAAACCAGUUCCCUCAAAUGCUUUGCCGAAACGCCGAAUAAACGGAAUAAGUUGACAAUGAUAGCGGAACCGCUCGAGAGGGGACUCGCCGAAGACAUAGAAGCCGAACACGUUCGCAUUACUUGGAACAAAAAAAGACUCGGAGAGUUUUUCCAAACAAAAUACGAUUGGGAUUUAUUAGCGGCGCGAAGCAUAUGGGCGUUCGGUCCUGACUCUACGGGACCCAACAUUUUAGUGGACGACACUUUACCUUCCGAAGUAGAUAAAACAUUGUUAAACAGCGCCCGCGAUGCUAUCAUCCAAGGCUUUCAAUGGGGAACUCGCGAAGGUCCGUUGUGUGAAGAGCCAAUCCGGAACGUCAAGUUUAAAAUUCUUGAUGCAGUCAUCGCGCAGGAGCCGUUGCAUAGAGGGGGUGGCCAGAUCAUUCCUACCGCUCGACGUGUCGCGUAUUCCGCUUUCCUCAUGGCGAUUCCGCGACUGAUGGAGCCGUAUCUGUUUGUCGAGGUACAAGCGCCCGCGGACUGCGUGUCCGCAGUUUACACUGUUCUGGCAAAACGGCGAGGUCACGUGACACAGGACGCCCCGGUUCCGGGCAGUCCGUUGUACACGAUCAAGGCCUUCAUACCAGCGAUCGACAGUUUCGGCUUCGAGACGGAUCUACGAACGCAUACCCAAGGUCAAGCAUUUUGCCUCUCCGUUUUUCAUCAUUGGCAAAUCGUGCCCGGGGAUCCUCUGGACAAGAGCAUCACCAUCAGACCGUUGGAGCCGCAGCCGGCCACCCAUCUGGCCAGAGAGUUUAUGUUGAAGACGCGAAGACGCAAGGGACUGUCCGAGGACGUGUCCAUCAACAAAUUCUUCGAUGAUCCUAUGCUGCUCGAAUUGGCUCGGCAGGAUGUGCUACUAAAUUAUCCCCUCUAAUUUUAUGUAUACAUAGUAUGCGAUUUCUUAUUUAACCACUUUUAAAUGAUUGAAAUGAUAGUACAUGUUGCAAUAAAGUGAUAUGCGAUGUAAUUAUUUUAACACGAGUCAAGAUAACUAACCUAACGUCUGUGUUUUUGCCCAUUUAGACGCAUUUACUUUAAGACGAACGUUACUUUAAGAAGAACGAACUAAAAUCGAACGUUAAAAAGCUUUCGAUAACGAUAACAUAUCUUACACGUUAUCUUGUAUGUCAUUGCAUACAUUACAUAUAAAGUGACUUGUAUCUCGCACGACUUCGAAUAUUAAUUUCAUAUUUCUUCCCAUUGAAAUGUGAUAUUUCUCUAAUAAAACAAAAAUUAUUACCGAUAUAACUUAAUAAUUUCAUUGCUUGUUGUCGGAAAAUAUAGGAGAAAAGCUAUUUAAGGAUAGCCCUUAGGAUUAGAAAACUCACGGAAUCCUCAAGGAAUAGAAGCUUUAAUACAAGUUUUUGGAGAGUAUUUUAAAUGCUGUUAUUACUGUUUCGGUUAUUUGACAAUAUAAAACCUGAUCUACAAUGUUCUCUAUACGUCUAGAAACAUUCUACUUUGUAGUCAAUAAAUACGUUUAAAAAAUGUAUGCAAGAUGAUAUUGCAUAUUAUACUUUGUACAAUCGUAUAUCGCCGACAAUUUUUUAAAUAAAAUAGAACGUUUCUAGAUGCAAAAAGCACAUUGUAGAUUAGGCUUAACUCUAAAAAUUCCUUAGAAUUCGCAUGUUUAACCUUGGUCGAACAUUGAAUCCAACCACUUUGCGCUUAAAUUUCUUCAAGCGCUGAAUUUCGAAAUUUCUCUUGUCGAGGAAAUAUACGGGACGAGGACCGAAAUCGAAUCCUACCAUUACUAAUCACCCGUGUUAACACAGAGCUACACGCGUCAUCCCUUGUAAUACAACCUUGCUCUUUUAGAGGUUAACGUUCGAUUUUCGUUUUAAAGUAAAUGCGGCUAAAUGGGCAAAAAUAGACGUUACCCCGACUCGUGCUAAAAUAAUUACAUCGGAUAUCGCUUUAUUGCAACAUAUACUGUCGUUUCAAUCAUUUAAAGUGGCGAAACGAGGAAUAUAAUUGCAUACUAUAAUAUAUUAUCGAGUAUUCACAAUUUUUCUUGCGAAACCUAUUUUUGAGUUAAUCGCAAUUUAUCUCUAAAUUAUUUGAAAAAAUGAGCCUUUAUCUUGAAAAUCUCUGAUUAACAAUAAUAUUUUCUUAAGAAUAAUGUUUCGAAUAGCUUAUUAUACAGGAAUAUCGGUAUACUUAUCACAAAAUUGUCACAUGUGCGCUUGAUAAUAAAAUAUCUAUUUCUCUGUCC